CAGGGAAGUGAAAGCCCCUUUUUUGGCCACAGAGAAAGAGCUACUUUUGGCCGUCCGCAGCUGCUUCAGCUCACACCUCUGUUUCUGUCCAACUCAUGAGAACACAAAGGUGCUGCAGGACUUACUGUUGACAACUAAUACUGGGCAGGGAGAAGAGUUUGAAUAUUCAGAGAUGGGUUUUGCGGAGGACCUGAGGUGCCCCCAGGCACAUGCAGCUGUCAUGCGGCUGCUGGACUCAGAGCUUCACCUGAUGGAGGUCAUGAAGAAGUGGAUGGGUCACCGAGCGAAGAGUGAGAGGGAGUUUUCAGUGCAGCUGCAUCACAUGGCUGCCAUGGUGGAGAAGCUGGACCGGCCUCAGCCUGGUGCAGGACAGGACUACAUCAGCCAGCUCAACAAGUCGUGGGGAGUGAUGGUCUCUCAGACGGACGUCCUCAGUCAGCUGAUGAAGAAGCGCUCUGAGGAUCUGCUGGAUGGUCCCAUCAGCAAACUGACGCUGCUCAUCAGAGACAAACAGCAGCUACGCAAAACCUUCGCAGAGCAGUGGAGCCUGCUGAGGCAGGAGCUCAGCAAGGUGACCCACACAGAGCUGGAGAGGCUGAAGAGCAGCUACAGACAGGCAGGGAAAGAUGCAGCUCAGGCGAGGAGGAAGUACCAGGAGGCCAAUAAAGAUAAAGAGCGAGACAAGGCGAAAGAGCGUUACAUAAAGGCUUCACUGAAACUCCACGAUCUGCAUAAUGAGUAUGUACUGUCUGUGCGAGCGGCUCAAGUUUACCAUCAGCACCACUACAGUCAGAUCCAGCCGGCCCUGCUCAGCGCACUGCAGACUCUGCAGCAGGAGAUGGUGCUCAUACUAAAGGAGAUCCUGCAGGAGUAUUUCGACAUCUCCACUCUCCUCCAUCAUGAAGUGGUGCGGAUCCACAGGGAGAUAUCUACUGCUCUGACGGCCAUCGAUCCUCCCAGAGAAUAUGAGAGCUUCAUCCAACAGAAUAGGUCUGUCGGGGAAACUCCUGCUUGUGCAGAGUUUGAUUGUAGCCUUCUGGAGGACACUGAGCAUUUGAAUCCCAGAGAGAUUGAACUGAACGACCUCACGCUCGAGACACUCCAGCACAAAUUGACCGCGGUGGAGGAGGAGCUGUUGGAUCUGGCUGGGACUCUGGGAUCCCAGCAGACCUCGGUCGAACAGCUGGAGCUGGAGCUGGACGCAGAGCGGGAAGGUGUCAAGAAGGGCCAGAGGGUCUACCAGUUCAGCAAGAGACAUGCGAUGGAGGAGUGCCGGCAGCAUGUUGCUCUGGCCCAGGGCCUGAGAGCCAAGCUGGAGGUUCAGAGGCUUCUUCUGAAAGAGAAACUGGACCAGCUGGGCUCAAACGAACCGCCCUCUGCUCUGAAGCUGGACCCAGACAAUUACUCACUUUCGUCCAACACAAGCAAUCACCACAGCCCAACUUCUUCCAAACGCCUCAUGGACGGGAUCAUAAACAAUAUGAGUGGCCUGUUUAAACCCAAAUCUGAGGUGCUUCCGGCCCUCACCCCAGCGCAGGAGGUGGAUCGUCCUGUGGAACAGCAGGACUGGUAUCAUGGAGCCAUUCCCAGACUGGAGGUCCAGCAGCUACUGACAAAUGAUGGAGACUUCUUGUUGAGGAAGAGUCAAGAGAAACAGGGUUUUGUGCUCUCUGUGCAAUGGAAAGGAUGCUGCAAACAUUUCCUCAUUCAGUACACGGAUAAUCUGUACCGUCUGGAUGGAGAAAGCUUCCACAGUAUCCCACUGCUGAUCCAUCAUCUGCUAUCGGCACAACAACACAUCACCAAGAAGUCUGACAUCGUGCUGAAGAAACCUGUACUGAAGGACAAGUGGGUCCUGGAACAUGAUGAUAUUAUCUUGGGACCCCUAAUUGGACGGGGUAACUUUGGAGAAGUGUACAGUGGGCAUUUACGCUCUGAUAACACUCCUGUAGCGGUGAAAUCCUGUAAAGAGAACCUGGCCCCAGAGCACAAGAGUAAGUUCCUGAUGGAAGCCAGGAUCCUGAAGCAGUACGACCAUCCUAACAUAGUGAAGCUGAUCGGAGUGUGCACUCAGAAACAGCCCAUCUACAUCAUCAUGGAGCUGGUUCAAGGUGGUGAUUUUCUUUCCUUCUUACGGCACGAGAGUGACAGUCUGAAGCCUAAGAUGUUGGUCAAAAUGACAGAAAAUGUAGCAUCUGGCAUGACGUUCCUGGAGAGCAAGAAAUGUAUCCACAGAACUUCCCCAUAUGCUGAUGUUGCAGUCGAUUGAAAGUGAAGGAUAAAAAGUUUUCUUAAAUAACGGAUGUGUUGUGUUGUGUCCUUGAAGAGGAAGCUGGAAACAUGCUCCGUUGACUGACCUACUCUUUCUUUUUCACUUACAUUAAAAAGACAGCUCAACCAUUAAUUCAGCAGUGCAAUACAUUACAUUCAUUUGGCAGACACGUUCAUCCAAAGCAACUUACAAUAAGUGCAUUCAAACUCAAAAGGAAGCUAAAUGUCCCCAGAAACUGGAACUAUACCAAAUGAACCCCUAAAAGCGUUUUCAGGGAACAACAGUGCAGUUUUUAUAAGUUUUUUAAGAGAUUAAACAUGAGUAAGUGCCAAUGUGUGGUGGAAGAUGGGUAGUGACUGCUGUCUUGAAGAAAAGAGCCUCGACUGUCCUGUUGAUAUGACUCAGGAUCCUCAUAGGUGGUUAAAUGCAACCACAACCUGAAGUACAUAUGCAUAUCAAGAUUAUCUGUUCAUUAAUUGCUAAUUUCUCUUCAUAAAAAACCUUAAUUUGUAUAGCAACUUUCAUAUAUAAAAUUAAGCUUUUACAUAAAGUUUAAUUAAAAACACAUUUAAAACAUAUAAACAAAUAAAAGUUUGAAAAAAACACUUUAAAAUCAACAAACAGUA